AGGAAUGUGCUGGGACAGCACGUAGGAAACAACUUUCUGCCUGCCCGGGACACUACUGUGCGGGGAAGACUGCUCUAUGAGCUUACCUACGGCAGUACCCCCAACGCUGUGGGACUAUGAGAUACGUUUGAGUUAGAAGCGAUGGCUUAGCAGCAAAGGGUUAACCCGAACAUGUGCCUCAGAAGUUCUCCCCCUCUUCCCCUCUGAAGUUUGACAUUCCCCAGCCAGGAAUUUUUCCAGGCCUAAAUCCAUCUUCCACCAGCAACGACCCCCUUUCCAGAUCUGGGUUCUUGCGGACUGGAGGCGGCGGCAUGAAAGAAAAAGCAGGAGAGAAGGAGAAAGGGGGAAAGGGUGAGUUAAUCAAACUGGUGUGUGCGAAUGGCAAAGGAGCAGCCACUGAGGUGGGAUGGAUGCAAGUGAAAGAAAGAACCGAGUGCGAAAUGGGCAAACAGGGAAUUAACUUGAUGGAGAGAAGAAAGUGGGAGAAAGGCUGAGGGGAAUCUGGAAGGAGUGAAUGAGCGUAAAAUGAUAUGUGUGCUUUGUGGAGAGAACCGAUGCAGGCUGCUAGAUAGAGCACUGGGUUCAAAUCAUUCCUUGUCAUCAAGGCACUAGUUCUCAGUGUCCAUUUUUGUCAUUGGGAAAAAGAGAAAUAGUCACAAAUCAGCCUCAUGUCAUUUUUUUGUUAGCAUUAAUGAGGUAAAGAAGGCAAGCUUGCUUGGACCUCAAAUCUAUCAUGAGCACAAGCAUUUGUCUGUGCAGCCAUAAUAUACUAUGGGAAAAAGAAUAAAUUUGGUUUUAAAAAGUACAGCAGCUGUAACUGAUACUUAGGAAGAUCCUCUGAGUGUUUGAAAUAAAGGAAUGGCAAACCUUAUGCAGGAUUAAAACACUGUUUGGAUGAAGAGUUAAUAGGCAUUAUACGAUUGUUUAUGAUUUAAAUCAUAUUUUCACGAGCUGGGAGAAGGUGGCACGCGCUAGUUUAUCUGGAGCAAUUGUGGACGUGUGUCUUUGCUGGAUCAUGCAUACUUUUUUGAGACAAAUCCCAGAGCGGUAGCUAUGUGAGCACUGCUGCAGCUGAAACAAAAAGAGCCUCGUGGCACUUUGAAGACUGACAGAUUUAUUGUUGCGGCAUAAGCCGCAAUUAAAUUGGUUAGUCUGUAAGGCACCACAAGGGUAUUUUGUUUGUACUUAUUUGGUGGUACAUUCCCACUAAACUCGGCUGCACUUACUUCUGAGUAAGCGCAUGCAGAACUGAGGCACGGGGAUGAUAAUGAAAUAAGAAAAUAUGUCUUUGGGCAUGGGAGGAUGGAUAGAGCAAAAGUAAGGAAGAAGAAUGGAGAUUAGGUUAGAUAUUAGUAGGGAAUAAGAGUGUUUGGAGAUGGAUGAAUAAACAGUAAGAUGAGGUGGCUGAGAUGGAGAGUGUUAGCUAGAGGGAGGUGCUAUGAAUUAGUGAGUGUGGCAGGCACGGAUGGAGAACUAGUAAGCAAGGGAAUGUGAGAGAGACAGCAACAGAGGGGAGAGUGGCACAGCUAAGUCCUCCCCUGGCACACUCCCCAAUUUACUCUCCUCUCCCCUCCACCAUCCCACUCGCUGCCGAGCUGCCUGGACACCAUCUGUUGCUUUGGGACAGAGAGAGUGGACAGGGAGAGAGGCAGGAUGGGGGCCCCUCCCCAGGGUAAGUUCCCUUUAUUCCCAAUAGGAAGCAGGAUUGCUCCGUGGGUGUUUGGGGAGGAAAAAUGAAGAGGGGAGGGGACAUAAAAAUUAAGUUGGCGGGUGCCAUGGGGUGAGCAGAACUACAAGGAAAGGCAGCGGGUGUUCUAGAGAUUAUUCCAAGCGGGAGAGAAAUGGCGUUAUGGGAAUGCCAUAGGUGAGGGUCCCAUGAGAAUUCAUAUACAUCCCUAAGAUACGUAUGCAAUCAGCUCCCUAGGAAUUGUUCCCAGUCUGUCAAAAACAGGCCUGUUUUGCAGGAGAGAACCAACUGGGGGUUUUUUUUGGGGGGGGGACAGUAGACCUCGUUUAAAGAGUAUAUAAAAACUGAGUAUCUGCAGCUGCAGACCCAAUGGACAGCUGUAGGAUUAUAGCAUUUAUUACAUUGUAUUUAUUGAAUGUUUUAUCUCCAGCCCUUUCUUCCAGGGAGCUCAGGUACAUCCUCACAGCACCCCGUGAGGUAGGUUAGGCCGAGAGAUAGCACAGCAUAGAUACUUGUGGCGGAUAUUGUGCAGGUGGGGUCUGGCGCUUGUGAUACUAUGAGCUAUAGUUCUGGUAGCAGGGUGAGGCUUGUGGAUUUCAUUAACACACACAUACACCUCAGUCCUUUUGCAAAAGUUGACAUUUGGGGAUAUAUAUGAGGCCUAGAUAAUUUGUUGGAUCCAUUUGUGGAGGGAGGUCCUGGUGGGGCCAAGAGUGAGGGUGCAACGAGAGAUAAUCUCUGGGGUUCUCAAGGACCGUGUAAGGUACAAAAAAAAAAAAAAAAAACUAAAAAGGUGUUUGGGACUUCUUUGCACAAAAUGUGUAGUUUUCAAGAAGACAGCUAUAAAAUGUUUGUGGUGGUUUGGAGAAACUCAAAUCUGUGGGGUGUUGGUCAUUGUUUAAUAGCUCUAUGCAGUUUGGCUUAGUAGGGGCUUGUUUGUUUGUUUGUUUGUUUACUUACUUACUAUUUAUUAAAUCUGUAUACUGCCCUUUAUCCAAAGAUCACAGGGCGGUUCACAACACAGAGAUUAUAACAUUGGAGGAGGUGGAUGCUUGUUUUUUGGGGGGCGGGGACAGUGGCUGUGGAGAACGUUUGAGAUGUAGCAGGUGCCUGGAAGGCAGCUAUUUGGAAAGCUGUUAAUUUUUUUGGCAGGGGGUUUGCAAGGGGAACAACUGAACAUUAGUUAUGUGACUCAGGCCCAUCAAAACCAAUGGAACGAGUUAGCCGUGACUAACUUGAGCUGGACUGGAUCAGGCACAUGAAAAGCACCCUGGACCGUUCGGUCGUCCCUGUUGGGAUGCCAGCUAUCCCCCAAUUUGAUCAUUCAGGCGUUCGGAACAAUCUGAGGAAAAAUGGGUGGGCGGACACUGAUUUAGGAAACCUGGCCUGUACUGAUAUGGCGGCCCCUGCAGACUGCCCGCCCACCCCAACCCUCCUGUGGGGAAGGAACGAGACAGCCACAAUCUGGCAGUUUUGCCCAUUUUUCGGCUUUCUUUCCCAUUCUUCUCUUUCUUGGAUGGAAACACAAGCCAGCGAAGCCAGCGGAGGAGGGCCUGUUUCCUUACAACAUACCCCAAGCCGUCCUCCUCAAGCCCGCUCCCGCCAACUCCAGCUGGGCCUUCCUCCUAUCCUCCUCUAUAUUUUUCCUGGGCUUUCUUUCGGCAUGUGGAAAAACCAGCUGGAGCCAAGAUGAAAUGAAAUCGCAGAGCUGGAUCCCAGUGCUGGGAGGGGAAGAAAAGUUUAGUGUAUUAGAGGCCAUGGGGAAGGGAGGACGGAAGAAGUGUAUUCCGCCCCCCACUUGCCCUCCCACCAGCUCGAUAAGGGGGCCUGAGGUAGGAAUACGUUCAGCAAGACAAAACUCUGAAGAUAAAGGAUUCUUCAGAGCUGUUGUGCUUAAGAUGGAGACUAUCCAGUAAUGUCUAGUACUUACAAAUAUGCCAAUUCCACCCUGCACCUUGAACAGCUGCAUUGCAGCAUGGUAGCAGUUCAACAGAUGCAGACUUUCUUGGCAUGGAAAUGCAUUGAUGGGGAAGACUGCACCUGCUGACAACACUCAAUCAUUUAGGGUGGUAAAAACAGAAAGGAUGUCUCUAAAAUGGAUGAAUGGGAAAUUCAGUGGCAUGUGCAGUUCAGUAUAAGUAACUGUAAAGUGAUGUGCACUGGGCUGGGGGCUGGGAAUCCACCUAUACACUUCUGGGAUCAGAGUUGGAAGUCAUGGAUCAGGACAAGUUUCUUAGGGUCAUAGAGAAUAAUUCAAUGAAAAAAUGUUGGGUGCUUCCAGAUUGUCACUGUUUUUUUCGGCAGGAGUUGGUCCAAUACUGCCAAAUUCAGGUUGUAUAACAACAACAACUACUUAGUUGGGGGACCUCGUGCAACAAACCUGCUUCCCAAGAACAAUGGACUUUUUGCAAUAUGGAAAGUGAUGAGAAAAUUUAUUGAGAAUGGGGGGGGGGGGGGACAACAGUUGCUUGACACCAGCUCCCUCCAAACCAAUCAGAAUGAAUGUUCAAUAAAUAGCCAAAAUUAGGAUGAAUGUCCAGUAAACAGAUAAUCUGGAAACAGCUUGUACCAAGGUGCAGCAGGCAGCUGUGAAAAAGGCAUCUUCCAUGCUGGGAAAUAAUUAAAAAGGGACUGAAUACUGCCUAUAUCGUAAUGCCUCUAUACAAGUCUAUAGAACAGCCACACUUUAAAUACUGGGUGCUUCCACAACAACCUGUUUGUUGAGAAUUCACUCAGAUUUGUUUGCAGGGAGGCUAGACAACGUUGUGUCGAAGCAAGCAUCAUCCCACCCUUUGUGUGGGGCCGGGGAAGCAUGUUUCUUGCACAAGGCUUCCCACCAGUCAACUAUAACUACGCAAUCUGAAUUUGCCAGUAUGUGAUUGAAAUCCCACUUGAAAAUUGCAGCAGUCCGUAAGUGCCCACUGCAUACAGUUCUGAUUGCUGCCCAUUGAAAAGGAUAUUGAGCAAUUUAGAAAGCGUCACAAAGAGGCCAGCAAAACUCCCCUGUGAGGAGGGGUGAGAACAUUUGCUCUUCUUUAGCUUACAAAAUAGGCAAAUAAAGAGGAGCAUGGUAGACGUUACUGAGUUAUAAAAUUGCGUAUAAGUUUUUCUUUUGUAAUACUAUAACGCAGGAUCAUCCAAUGGCUGAAUGGUGAGAGAUUCAGGAGAGACAAAAUGAAGGAUUUAUUCACACCCAGUGCAAGGCUGGACGGAGGGAUUUGUUAUUACAAGAUUUGGUGAUGACCACCUUUGGAUUUAAAGCAAUUAGAGAAGCUCGUGGAGGAUAAAACUAUUAAUGGCUACUAGACAUAAUGGCCAUAAGAACAUUAGAGCCUGUGGGAUCAGGCAACUGGCCCAUCUAGUCCAGCAUCCUGUUCUCACAGUGGCCACCCAGAUGCCUGUGGGAAAACAUCAAACAGGACCCGACCACAAGAGCCCUCUCCCCUCCUCCUGUGGUUUCCAGCAACUGAGAUUCAGAAGCAUUACUGCCUAUGACUGUGGAGGCAGAGCAUGUGCCUCUGAAUGAAUAUACAGGGGAUCUCUGAAUGAAUGCCAGUUGCUGGAGAACAACAACAGGAGAGUGCUGCUGCGCUCCUGGCCUGCUUGUGGGAGUGAGAUCUGCCUGUGGGUCCAAUCCAGCAGGGCUCUUACGCCCUUAUGCACAGUGCAGGGGACUGGGAAGCAGGUUCAGCUGCACUUGGACUGAGGGGGAAGGAGGCAGUCUAUGAUAGCCUCUCUCAACUUUUGCAUACCUCUUUUUUUAAAGUCAUAUUGGGGGCAAAAGAGCCUUCUGGUUGAAACCAAUGCUGCAGUUGCCACAGAGCAGUUCUUUAAACCACUCAGCUACAGCAGCACAGGAAUCAGACACGUCAACCUCAGGAUCAUAGAUACUAGGAGGGCUGCAAGAGGAGCUUUAGCUGGGUGGAGCAACUCACACUUUACAAGCACUGGGUCCCCAGUUUGAACCCAAGGUACAACUGAACAAGUCAAGAAGAGCAUAGCACAGACCUAUUGCUCGGUGCUUGAAUGGGCCUACCAGCUCUUUUGGCCCACCCCUUCUCCCAACAACUCAUGUGAACAAACCACCCGCCAACCCACCCUGCUACUGUUAGCCCAACCCUGCUGGGGAGCAUCUGAGUUGGACUCCUCAUCCUUCCCUCAUCACUGGGCCUCCCUUGCUGUUGACUGAUGGCCUCAUACACCCAUCCCACUUGGGCACCCUGAGAGGCCUGCCCCACCGUGGCCAAGGAGCCCAAGUGAGCCAAGAGUGGAGGGCCAGAAGUCCAGCAAGUUCCCUGUUCAGCUCCUUAGAGCCCCACAGAGAGGUCAGCUGAUGUCCCAUGUGACAGGUACCUGCUUGGUUUCUAGGCAGGGCGAUGCUUGCCAUGGGCUUAAGUUCCCAUGUGUGUUUUAGAGAUGGGCUGUUUCAGCAAAGUACUCGUUUUCUUCUUCUUCAAAGCAGCUAAAGGCGGCAGUGGAGAGCACAAAAAAAUUAGCAGAACAUUGCUCCAGAUCUGCCCUCUGGUAUUGUGUGACACACCUAGUUGUGUCUAGUGUCAAAAAUUGAGAUGGCGCCUUGGGUCAGAGAGCAGGUUUCAGUACUCCCAUCUGUCUCCUAGAAAAUAUCAGCAGCUCCUAAGUUUUGCCAGGUCUUGCACCCCUGAUUAGUAUUUGUGAUAAGCCUCCAUAUUAAAAGCCAAUGUUUGUGAUUGGAGGGCAGGCAAGAUCACUUUCAAACUUUUUGGGGGAGGGUGCAGUUCUCUAAACAUAGCACCUCAUGGAUUUGCUCCUCUGAGGCCGCCUCUCCCUUACAAAUCUAUGCCUCAAACAAUGUGGCGCCCGGGCUGCCUUCCUCUGCAAUCUGCCAUUUAUUCUCCUGCCUGCGGUCCCAGCUAACUGCAAACACAUGUCCGUCCGUUCCCCCCUCAACCAUCUGCAGCCUCUCCAUCCUACACCCCCCUCCUUUGAAAUUGCUUUUCCAUUCGCAGUUAAAGACAAAAGUGCCGUCAGCGAAUCAGUCCUUCCCCCCUUCUUCUUCAAGGGAUGCAUUCCAAAAUCCCUUGGCAGGCUAUUUGGGAACUGUGUGUGUGUGUGUGUGUGUGUGUGUGUGUGUGUGUGUGUGUAGAGGGAGGGACACACAACAGGCAGCCAAGCAAAGCCACACACACAAAACCCAACAGUGUCCUUUGGGAACAAUAGGGAAAUUGGAAUUGUAGCAGCAAGGUUAGCUGCUACUCCUCAGCUAGCAUUUUGCCUCUCAUUUUACAGAGAGAAAAUGAAGGCCCUUGGUUUUCCCUUUAAAUUGUCCAAAAGGGUGCAGUUAGGAGCUUUUUGUGCUGAGCUCCCCUCACACUCAAUCCGUAGAUCUGCUGCCCCUUCCCACUUUGUUGCUUACCGGGCAGCUGUGCAUGCAGCAAAGCACAAGGCCACUGGCCACCCACCAGCAAAUCUGCCCUUCUACAUUAGCAUGUGCAAAUGUGAUGCAAAUUUGAAUCAGGCGCCUGUGCACACUGCCACCGUGUUCAAACAGAUCAAGAGAGCCCAAAGGAGCUUUCUGUGCAAACAGCUUCCUCCCCUCUACCAAUAAGUCAAGAAGGUCUGUUUCCUCUCCCCCACCCCCGCCCCGGAAUAGAUGGCACUUAAAAGACUUGGCACAGGCAAAUUACACAAAUCUGCAUCAGAUUUGAACAUGCUCUAUAUGUAUAAGUGUAUAUUUAUGUAUGUAUAAGUGCAGAUUCGCCUAUUAAGGCUGCAUACACAGUAACCCAUCUGAAGCAAGAAAACAUCUUUAAAAAAACAACAAACCAUCUUGAAUCAUGCAUGCUCAUCCUCAACAUGCUGCUUUCAGUCUAGAUUGAUUCUAGAACUUGUUGUCUACAAGGGUGAGUCUGCUUGCUUGACCCACAUUUGAAAUUCCUUUUCUUGAUUAGGUUACCCAUGCCUUUUCCUCCCUGCACAUGCCUCAGGCGAAUGGUGAAGGAUGUGGUGGAUGCAAUCUCUGUAUAAUUCCACCCACAACAUCAUUGGGUCUCAUUGCCAGGACCACUUACAUCUGUUUUCAUAUGGACACACUGCAGGGCAAUGCAGAAUCAAGCUGCAGUGAGCAUUUGUUUUCAGAAUGAAGCCGGUUCCUCAAAAAGUGCUACUUUUCAGGACCAAAACAAAAACCCCCACAAUAGAUCUUGACUGUGCAUUUACUGUGCAGAAAAAAACAAGUACUUGUUUCCCACUGAUUCUAGAAAAAAAUAUUGUGAUUCUUGAAUAACAUAUUGUGUGCACACAACCGAAAGAUGGAGGUCAGCCGACAGUCCUGUGCUUUGCUGUAGGCUCAUCUGCCCUGUGAGCAACAAAGUGGGAAGAGGGCAGUGUGCUGGCCAUGACUUAAGUUCACUGCAUUGUUAAUUUCCUAUUUGAUACAUGCUAAUUCAGCAACUCAAUACUGCUCAGAAAGGCAGAAACCGGAGAUGCUCUGCUAUGCCUAUACACAAAUACUGGGAUUAGGAUGCUAAUAUAUUUAACGGGCAAAUUCUUGCGGAGGGAUGAUGCUGAAAAGGGGUUACAGAAGACUGAGGAGUUGUUUUUUGUUGUGGCCAUGUAUGUGAUUUUCAUUGCUUGGAUUAGAACUAGUUUGGUUUUGGAAGAAACCAAAUCAGCCGUUCUUAUUUAAGGCAAGGCUGUAGUCACCCUUCCCCGCUAGGUGGGGCUGCCACAUUUCUUGGAAGGGGCCUCAAAGUCAUGAAUGGAAAAUCAAUCAGUAAUUCCUUCCUAAGCAACGUGAACUUCUACAAUCCCCGUGCCAAGCUGUAGAGUUUGCCUGCUUCUUAACAUCGUCAAAUUCUUAGCAUCAGCUAAGCUGCAAAAAAGAAGGGGGAGGGUAAUGUUUACGUCCCAAAGCCUUUAUGAUGAACGCUGUGCUUUCCUUAAUAGUAAUUUCCUUAAGGGAUCCCAUAUCCCCUGCCACGAGCACAGUCAUAAUAGCUAAAGGGAAUCUCCACCCCCCAAUGGCAAAAGCUUGGAAAUGAUGGUUGUGAUCUUCUGGAAUAACACAUCCUGAGUCAGGACAGGGAAUCAUAGGUGGGCAGGUCAUGUGGGUGGAAUUUGGACUAUUACCACUGGCAGGGUGGAGGUGGUGGCACCAUCUGCUGCUGAUUUAAAUGUGUUUUUAACACAUCACAUGAAGCUGCCUUAUACUGAGUCAGGCCACUGGCUGCCCAGGAUCACAGAUAGUGGCCUUUUCCUGCCACCUGUUCUUUUUACCUGGAGAUUGAACCUGGGACCUGCUGCACGCGGCGCUUAUGCUAUGCUCUUCUAUUACAGGUACUAAUACUGCACAGCUUGAAGCAAUAGGGUGAAUAAAAACUGACUUCUCUUGGAAUAAAAAUUGUCCAGACCCAUAAAUAUGAUUCACAGAACCCUCUUCAAGUGAGGUACUACACCCCACUGGCCACAGCCUGGCUACAAGUCCUAAGGUGUAUCAUUGACCGAGGUAAAGAGUGGGGAACCUGUGGCCCCUGCAGAUGUUUCUGGGACUGCAACUCCCACCAUCCCUGAUCAUUGUCCAUGUUGGCUGGAGUUGAUGGAAGUUGGGAUUCCAAAAACAUUGUGGGGGCACAGGUUAACCACACCUGCCCUUGGCAAAAAUGGGUGUAGCUGUCCUCCUCAGGGAAAGGAUUAUGUUCCAUUCGCAAUAGUUUUCCUUAUUGCUGGUACUUCCACCUUGUUUUAUACCUGAAUGAAGUGAAGGAAGCAGGGUGCAGUUUAGAAAUUCCCAAGUAAAUGUGCCUAGCCUCAGGGCAGCAGGUUCAAACUCCAUUUUAUUCCUGUAGUUAUGAUGCUGCUGUGAUUUAAAAUGUGAAACUGCACAUGCACAGAGUAAAAAAAACCAAGGUGGGCAAACUGCUCCUCAGUAAUACAUAAGCAGUCAUAAAGCAUGGGAUGGUGGUGUUAAUUGAGUGCUUUGCAAAUGAAGUAACGCAGAUGGCUGUCUAAAGCAGGGUAUUAAGUCCAGGGUCUAAUAUUUCCCAGCUGCCUCAGUGCCUCAAUCCUCAGAAUCACCAGUGGAAAGGAUCAUAUUUCAGUCAGUGGGAUCCAUAGUCUAAGGAUCUCCCCCAACUAUGGUUGCAUAUGCACCAUACUUUUAAAGCCAACCCACCCCAAGAAUUCUGGGAAGUGUCGUUUACCCCUCACAGUGCUACAGUUCUCAGCACCCUUAACCAAUUACAGUUCCCAGGAUUCUUGGGGGAAUGCGCUUUAAAUGUAUGGUAUGUACAGUAUGUACACAGCCUAUGUCAUAGUUGCAGCCUGUUCCAUAAAAUUCCCUGACAGAUACUGAGAACUGAGCAUGUCCCACCCUGAUUGCUGUUCUUGGUCACGCUCAAAUGUGACAAAGAGACAGAAGCCAGGAAGUGGGGUUUCAUCCAUAUGAUGUUAUUUAUUUGAUGCUUUUGGCUGUACACCUUGACCUAUGACUCCUUUUUCCUCUACAGGUGACACCAUGUCUGUGAUAUACAGUGAGGUGGCUGCUGAUGAGCCUACAACUAGCAGCUUCUGGAUGGUGAGUGGAUGAAAACAGGGGGUAGGGUCACAUAGUUGGGAGAGGAAGGAGAUUUCAUGGGCAUAAUGGAGGCAGAUUUCUCAAAGAGGUUCAUUUGGACUAAGUCAACAGAGUCAAGAUUGUAUGGGUGUUCAUUCAUUGGUUUCAUUUAUACUUGCCUGGCCCAAGGAUUUUCUGUUACCCGAAACCAGCUCUACCUUAGACUGGGUGGGCCACUGUCUCUCUAUUCCUAGUCUAGUGGUCUAGAGCAGAAUUAAGGCUCACUUUUUUUUUUAGGACAAGAGAUAAGGUUUGGUUAGCUAAAUUAGGAAAGUAAGAAGCUGCCUUAUACAGUGCCAAGCCUUUGGUCCAUCUGGGGAUUAUUGGGUUGUCUUUGUUUUUAUGUUAGUAUCUAUUUUUUGUUUUUUAUAUUGUAAUUUUAUGUUGCGAACUGCCCUGAGAUCUACAGUUAUAGGGCAGUAUACAAAUUUAAUAAACAACAACAAUUCAGUAUUGUCUACACUGAUACAUUGACUGGCAGCAGUUCUUUAGGAGUUCAAGCAAGAGCUUUUCCCAGACCUAACCGCUGCUGGGAUUGAACAUGGGAUUUUUGGCAUGGAAAGUGUCACUGAAUCAUGGCCCUUCCCCAAGUCCUUAGGUACAGAAGUCCUUGUGACUCUGAUAAAUGUGUAGGUUUGAGGAUGCACCAUACCCAAUUCAUGCUGUGAUUGCUCCCUCCCUAUCAGUCUCUCUCCCUUCUGCUCUCCUGCAGCCCAAUCACUAUCACAGCACAGUAAAGCGCUUGGAUGAUGGCUAUCGCGUCUGCGACCAGAUUGUGGCCUGUUUCCAGGAUCGGGCAAAGAUUGAGCGCAGCUAUGCCUUGCAGAUGGAGGAGUGGACUCGCAAGUGGCGCCCCCUUGUGGAUGCAAGUGAGUUGUUAGGCAUUACACAUUAUUUAAGAGGAGAACCGUGUUGCAAAAUUUAAAGCAGUGCAACUUUCAAAGGACAGCUGUGUUUUUCUUUGUGUAUUGUUUUGGGCAACAAGAAUUAAUGCAAACCAUACCAAAUUUCUAGUUGAGGUUCCUGCACCAGAUGACCUUCAGAAUCCCUUCCAAUUCUACAAUUCUAUGGUUCUACUUGCACUCCCAAAAGAAACAGGACAGUUGCAUGAUUUUUAGAUGCUCAGGAUUGAUAGGGAUCUGCUGGUUUUGUGGGCUGGCUAUCCUCAGGGGCAAACUAUGAAAUCUGGGCAUCAUCUCUCCCUCCCUGCAGGUCCAGUGUACGGCUCCUUGCUCCGGGCCUGGCAAGCCUUCCUGGGGGCUUCGGAGCGGCUGAGCCGCUUGCACAUGGAUAUGCAAAGGGCUCUGGUCUCUGAGGAUGCCGGGCGCAUCCGGGGUUGGCAACACGACUCCUAUCACCGCAAGCUUUUUGGGGGCUUCAAGGAGGCCUGUGAGCUGGAAAGCGGCUUCCAGCGGGCACAGAAACCCUGGACCAAGAAGCUCAAGAAGGUAGGGGAGACUUGGCCCCCUGGAUCUCAUGGACUGGUUGGGCGCAGAGGAAUGGUGGGAGGAACCAGUUGGGGAACCACCAAGAGAAGAAGGCUCAGAGCCCAGGGAGUGGUGGUGAGAUGAUGAUGAGUGGUCUGAGGGGGAAGAGGAGGUGUUGGAAGCUGAAGAGGAACAGGACUUAGUGAGCUGGGAGAGUCUGUGGCAGAGAGAAGCCCAAAAUUAGAGGCGGAAGCUGAAGUUGGCGAGUAGGAGGAGGGUGACCAAAAGGCAGAGAUGAGUGAAGGCUGGUGAAGAAGCCAAGGUGUCUCCCCCUCCUGCUGUGACCAGCUCCCUUCCCCACUUGUCUCCCAGAACCAGAAGAGGCAUGAAGGGGGUGGAAGAGAAAUUGGCCGCAUGCAGAUGCAGUCUCUGAUUGCGUUGUGCUGGGGAGGAGGAGACAUAGACAGCUUUUGUCUCGACAACUGAUUUCAUGGAGUAAGACCUACAAGGGAAUGAGCUGCUUUGCUCAUUAGGCCUGAUGCUCAGCCAAGUCUGUGAAGAGAGUAUUUUGAUAAUAAAGAGUUCACUCUAACUUUAACUGUGUUAUUUACUUGCUGGCUCACUCUGUGACACGGAAAAAGAGGAGAAAAAGAGGACCCUAAUGGGGUGAAGGAGUUAAGGGAAAGGAGCUGGGGCUUCUGGGUUCCCCAAAAGGAGAAGAGGCCCCAAAGGGUUAAGGCUGGCCCGGGAGUACCAAAUAUAGAAGAUGAGAGGUUAGCACCACCUGCUUACAUGGAGAGUUUGGGGCAUAUUUGGGUCAUAUCCCCUACCAAGGGUGCCCAGCCCAUAUUUUGAGAACCUAGGGUAUAGGGGGAUUGGGAACCAAGGCAAUUGGGUUUUCUAUGGAAGGAAUGGUGUGCCCUGGCCUUCCCCACCCAGUGCUUUCCACAAGUUGUUGGACUACAACUCCCAUCAUGCCUGACUAUAUAUAGGCCAUGCUGGUUAGGACUGAUGAGAGUUGUAGUCCAACAACAUGUGGAAAGAGCACCAGCUUGGGGAAUGCUGAUAUAUCUCGACACACUUUGACAGUCCACUCACUAUUAUUUUUCUCUCCUCUCUCCUGCCUACCCUUGACUGGCCCAUCCAGGUCGAGAAGACCAAGUCUUUAUACCACAAGGCCUGUCGCAAAGAACACAUUGCAGCCCUACGGGAGAACGCAGUCAAAGCCGCACCGGGUUCUGAGGUGCCCCAAGAACGACAGCGGGCCUUGAGGGAGGAACACCAGCGUUGCAGCCAAGAGGCCAACAAGGUGGGAAUCUUCCCCACUUUCUUUAUGGGCCCAAAGGCUAAUAAAUAUGGGUCAGUGGAACUGCCAGGCACACUGGACACACUUGCUGCUACGUUGCCUGGGGCUUGGUUAUAAGCAGAGUCGUGAGUCUUUCUGACGUUUGGAGUGUUUGUGGGCAUCAGUCACAAAAUGGCUGCCGUGGCAUAGCACAAAAUGGUGGCCAUAUCUAAAAGAACAGAAAGAGAGACGGGACCACAAAAUGAUACAGACCUGCCUUCUCUUUGCCCCCUCCUCUAUUCAGAACAGAAAGGAUGGUGAGUGUCCAGUCCUGACAUCUAAUGAAAUGGGGGCAUCUUUAUGUGUUCAACGUAGGAUUGGUCAGUGCAAACAGGAACUGAGCAGGAAGAGCAAAGGUUCUGUCAUGCAUUGUGAAUUUUUGAGGGGCUAUUUACUGAGACCUGUUUGUGGGUGCCAUAAGAGGUCUGACUGGCACACUGGCACCCAUGGUUGCUGCAUCCCCCCCCCCCCGUUGUAUCUACCUGUUAGUCCUAGCAGCUUCUGUUUCCCUGGGUCUAUCCAUCUUAUUAUCUCAUAGAAUUGCCAUUUGACCAGAAAAAAUAAUAAUCAGCCUACCCUGUUCUUCUGCCUUUGAUAGAAGAAACUCUGCAUAAACCAUUAGGUGAAAGUUUUUCAGUGUACGGAGAUGAUCAUGAUCGCAUGCUAAUAUCUGUAGAACAAGCUGCUGUAAGACACACAGAAGCUGGUAAAAAAGGGAAGAAGUUGGCAACCUUAUUUCCUUAUGAUACUACUGUGCACUUGCAUUUUUCAAAAAGAAAAAAGGAAAGCACAUAGAAGCCAGUGUGUCAACACCCACAGGAAUGUGAUGCUUUGUGUUGUGUUUUUCUUAGAUGAUGCUUUUUAUUGACAUGAGUAGUGCCUUUGAAAAAUGUGUCACCUAGCACGGGACUGCCAUCAGCCACAGAGGGAUUAUUUGGGAAGGGAUGCUAAGAGCCAGUCCACUAGGCUAUAACAGAGGGAGAGAUGGGGCUGCCAGGCCCCUCCAUUAGCUCUGAUGAAAGUCCACCACCUCUUUGCCUCACUGUUUUCCUUGAGCAUGGUGCUUAUCUAUGUCUGUAUACUACUAACCACAAAAGCUAUGCUCUACUUUCACUGUUGGAGCCAGUGUGGGACUCUGAUUGCUGGUAUGCCCAAGUGGGGAGUGUGUUACACCCAGCAUCCUAUACUGGCUUCUCUGAGAAGCAGAUGUUGCGUUAGAUGGGCAUUUGUCUUUGAAGGACAGGCCUUUAGCCUGUAUUUUCUGCCUCCAUGCUUCUUGGAAGCGGGGGGAGGGGGGAGGCAGCUCAUAUCCCAGAGAGAGAGGGGGAGGGACUGUUAGGCACAUGCCUCUUUUUGACCCUUGACCCCUUACAACAGGUGCGCGAGCGCUAUGAGAAGGCCCUGCAAGAGCUCGAUCGCUGCAGCCCACGCUACAUGGAGGAAAUGGAGUCCGUUUUUGAGCAGGGGCAGGCGCAGGAGCAGAGACGCAUCGCCUUCCUCAAGGGGGCCUUCCUCGCCCUCCAUCGACGCCUCGAUGUCACUGCUGACCCCAGGUGUGGGAGAGGGCAGAGGCACCAGGUUGCCCCCAAGGUUGAGGCCCAGCGUGCAGCACAUGUGUGACAAUGGAGGCUGAGCACUCGGGAGGAGCCAACUUCCGGACCUGCGAUGCGUGAUGUGCAUUGCACGAAGGGCUGCCUCAAGAUCAGGGCCCUCUGGCCCCUUUAAAACAAAUAUUGAGGGGGCCGAGGUGCCUUCAGCCCCCUAGAGUUGGCACGCCUGGGGGAGGGUUAACUGAGGCCUAAGUGACACUUUUCAAAGCAGCACACAGAACGGUCACCUGAGAGUCAUCAUAGAAUCAUAGAAUCAUAGAGUUGGAAGAGACCAGAAGGGCCAUCGAGUCCAACCCCCUGCCAAGCAGGAAACACCAUCAGAGCACUCCUGACAUAUGGUUGUCAAGCCUCUGCUUAAAGACCUCUAAAGAAGGAGACUCCACCACACUCCUUGGCAGCAAAUUCCACUGUCGAACAGCUCUUACUGUCAGGAAGUUCUUCCUAAUGUUUAGGUGGAAUCUUCUUUAUUGUAGUUUGGAUCCAUUGCUCUGUGUCCACUUCUCUGGAGCAGCAGAAAACAACCUUUCUCCCUCCUCUAUGUGACAUCCUUUUAUAUAUUUGAACAUGGCUAUCAUAUCACCCCUUAACCUCCUCUUCUCCAGGCUAAACAUGCCCAGCUCCCUUAGCCGUUCCUCAUAAGGCAUCAUUUCCAGGCCUUUGACCAUUUUGGUUGCCCUCCUCUGGACACGUUCCAGUUUGUCAGUGUCCUUCUUGAACUGUGGUGCCCAGAACUGGACACAGUACUCCAGGUGAGGUCUGACCAGAGCAGAAUACAGUGGCACUAUUACUUCCCUUGAUCUAGAUGCUAUACUCCUAUUGAUGCAGCCCAGAAUUGCAUUGGCUUUUUAGCUGCCGCGUCACACUGUUGGCUCAUGUCAAGUUUGUGGUCAACCAAGACUCCUAGAUCCUUUUCACAUGUACUGCUCUCAAGCCAGGUGUCACCCAUCUUGUAUUUUGCCUCUCAUUUUUUUUGCCCAAGUGCAAUACUUUACAUUUCUCCGUGUUAAAAUUCAUCUUGUUUGUUUUUGCCCAGUUCUCUAAUCUGUUAAGGUCGUUUUGAAGUGUGAUCCUGUCCUCUGGGGUGUUAGCCACCCCUCCCAGUUUGGUGUCAUCUGCAAAUUUGAUCAGGAUGCCCUUGAGUCCAUCAUCCAAGUCGUUGAUAAAGAUGUUGAAUAAGACCGGGCCCAAGACCGAACCCCUGUGGCACCCCACUAGUCACUCUUCUCCAGGAUGAAGAGGAACCAUUGAUGAGCACCCUUUGAGUUCGGUCAGUCAGCCAGUUACAAAUCCACUGAGUGGUAGCAUAGUCAAGACCGCAUUUUACCAGCUUCUUUACAAGAAUAUCAUGGGGCACCUUGUCAAAUGCCUUGCUGAAAUCAAGGUAGGCUACAUCCACUGCGUUCCCUUCAUCUACCAGGCUUGUAAUUCUGUCAAAAACGAGAUCAGGUUAGUCUGACAUGACUUAUUUUUCAGAAAUCCAUGCUGACUAUUGGUGAUCACAGCAUUCCUUUCUAGGUGCUCACAGACUGUUUGCUUAAUGAUCUGCUCCAGAAUCUUCCCUGGUAUUGAUGUCAGACUGACUGGGUGGUAAUUAUUUGGGUCUUCUCUUUUCCCCUUUUUGAAAAUAGGGACAACAUUUGCCCUCCUCCAGUCUGCCGGGACUUCGCCUGUUCUCCAGGAAUUCUCAAAGAUGACUGCCAGUGGUUCUGAGAUCACAUCUGCCAGUUCUUUUAAUACUCUUGGAUGCAGUUCAUCUGGCCCUGGAGACUUGAAUACAUCUAAACUAGCCAAGUAUUCUUGUACUAUCUCCUUAGUUAUUCUGGGCUGUGUUUCCUUUGCUGAAUCAUUUGCUCCAAAUUCUUCAGGUCGGGCAUUGUUUUCUUUAUCGGAGAAGACUGAGGCAAAGAAGGCAUUGAGGAGUUCAGCCCUUUCUGUGUCCCCUGUUUGCAUUUCACCAUCUUCUCCUCUGAGUGACCCCACUGUUUCUUUGUUCUUCCUUUUGCUACGAACAUACCCAUAAAAGCCCUUUUUGUUGCUUUUAACCUCUCUAGCAAGCCUGAGUUCAUUCUGUGCUUUAGCUUUUCUGACUUUGUGUCUACACGUGCUGGCUAUUUGUUUGAAUUCCUCUUUGGUGGUUUCCCCCUUUUCCAUUUUUGUACACAUCCUUUUUAAUCUUAACUCAGUUAAAAGUUCUUUAGAUAGCCACCCUGGCUUCUUUAGGCACCUUCCAUGUUUCCGUCUCAUUGGUAUUGCCUGACGUUGUGCUUUUAGUAUCUCCCUCUUAACAAACUCCCAGCCAUCAUGAACUCCCUUUCCUUUUAGUAUUACUGUCCAUGGGAUCUCACCCAGCACUUCCCUAAGUUUUAUGAAGUCGGCUUUCUUAAAGUCAAGAAAUUGAGUCCUAGUAUGCUUGGCUGCUCCUUUCCGCUGUUUAGUAAACUUCAGAAGAGCAUGAUCACUUGCGCCUAAUGAUCCUUCCACUUCUACCCCACUAACCAGGUCAUCAACAUUGGUUAGGACCAGAUCUAAAAUGGCUGUUCCUCUUGUUGCUUCUCCCACUUUCUGGACAAUGAAGUUGUCUGCAAGGCCAGUGAGGAAUCUGUUUGACCUUAUGCUCUUGGCUGAGUUUGACAUCCAACAAAUAUCCGGGUAAUUGAAGUCCCCCAUUACUACUAUCUCCCUUCCUUUUGCAUGCUUGGCCAUCUGUUCCAGGAAGGCAUCAUCUAUGUCCUCCGUUUGGCUUGGGGAUCUAUAGUAAACUCCCACAAUGAGGUCACUGUUAUUCUUCUCUCCCUUAAUUUUGACCCAAAUGCUCUCACUUUGGCUUUGAGGUUCUAAAUCUUGGAUCUCUUCACAGGUAUACACAUCCCUGACAUAUAACACCACUCCUCCUCCUUUCUUGUCUGGUCUGUUUCUCUGAAAUAGAUUGUAUCCCCCCAUUAUUACAUUCCAAUCGUGGGACUUAUCCCACCAGGUUUCAGUGAUGCCUAUUAUGUCAUAUUUAGUUUGCUGUACCAAGAGCUCAAGCUCAUCUUGUUUAUUUCCCAUGCUUUGCGCAUUAGUGUACAGACAUUGAAGUCCAUUAAUCAUUCCCCGUGUCUCUUAUUUAAGGAUUUUUUCCUCCCACCACUAGGUCUGCGUGCUGUUUGCUCCAUUUGGUCUAUGACAUUUGGAUGAUCAUCUUCAUCAAUUGAUAGACUCCUACCUUCAGGAGCACUGUCUCCCUCCCCCACAUUAGUCAGUUUAAAGCCCUCCUGAUGAGGUUUCUGAGAUUUUGGGCAAAAACAUUUCUCCCAACCGUUGUGAGGUGCAGCCCAUCGCUUGCCAGAAGUCCAUCUUCAAGAAACUGCAGUCCGUGAUCUAAGAAUCCAAACCGUUCCUGUUUACACCAUUUGCGAAGCCAGCUGUUCACUUCCACUAUUUUUCCCUCUCUCCCUGGGCCACGUCGUUCAGCUGGGAGGACAGAUGAGAUGACAGUCAUUUCUGAUGGGAUCCAUUGAAACAAGAUUCUGGGCUUAGUGGACCCGUGGCCUUAUGCAGCAUAGCUUUUAAAAUGUUCAUGCUCCUAAUAUCACCAGAAGCAGCUUUUCCUGGUUGGGGAGGGGGCAGAGAUUGCAGAGGCACCUUUGACCAUUAGAGGGAGUCUCAGAGCUUCCUGUGUGUGCUUGAGUGGUAUCCAGAGGUAUAUUUCCAAUUCAGAGAGCUCAUUUCCAAGGAAAUCUUGCAUUUCAGAUGAGAUCUUAUGGUGGUUUGUGUUCCCCAAAUCAGAAGACUUCUCCCAGUGUCACGCAUCACGCUAAGUGGAAAGGCAGAGUGAAGAAAGCAUUGUAGAUUGGAUGGUGUGUGUGUGUGUUUUGGGGGGAGAGUUGUAUGCCACCUGACAUCCCUUCGUGAUGAUUUCCCUCCUUUCCUUUAGCAUCCAAGCUGUUUAUACUGAUUUGCAUCAAGCCAUCGAGGACAUAAAUGACCAGGAUGACCUGAAAUGGUGGCGUAAUCGACACGGACCGGGGAUGCCUAUGAACUGGCCACAGUUCGAGGUAGGGACCUCUCCCUUCCUUAAUGGUGAGAUAAGGGCGCUCUGCAUAUUCUCAGAAGCCCUUCCAUCUCUAGGCAGCAUUUAGGCACAGGGAGAAACUGCCCCAGAUUAUAUCUGAUGCAAGUUCAAGCCCAUAACAGUCUCUAGAAAAACUUGUUCUGCUUCUUGCCUGAUUCUAAAUUUAGCCUUCUUCAGUUCUCUGGGUGCUCCUUUCCGCACAGAACAAAAAGCUCUUUUUUGUCCUCAGGCCCCUUGGGCUGACAGUUUACUUGUGAGCAGUUAGAAUGCCUUUGAACAUUCAACAUGACAUUACAACAAUUCAGCCAGUGGCCAGGGAGGCAUCUCAGACUUAUUAGCAGCAACCACCAACCUGUAUUUCGCUUCAGGUUUUGUCCCUCUUUUGACAGAUGAACAAAACUCUUUGAGUUGAGAGGGGAAGGUGGGCUAUGUGAUUGUUUAUAUUUAACAUCCCAUUCUUACUUCUUAUGAAUACAGGGUCUGUACCAUAAAGCAAUGUCCACACUGGGAUUAGGGGCGAAGUGGGAAACUGAGGAAAAAUUAAAAACAGGACUUAGAUUUAAGGCUCAGAUUGUAAGUCCUUACCUCAGAAUCUAGCUUUAAAAAGAAAAUAUGAGCUCUAUGAUUCACCUCUGUUUCAAGGUUAACUAUGAGCUUUUUUUAUAACGCACAUCAUAUGACUUCCUGAGCUUUAGUUUCACAUGGUGAGCAAUGCAAACACUGCCUUUGGUCCGGCAAAAUGUCCCCCCCCCCAUCUUUCUGCAGGUUUUUGUACAGCUUAGCUAAUGGUUCCUACCACUUGAGUUCAGCUCUCAGCAAAUGAAGCUUCCUAACGCUUUUCUCUUCCCUCUCCUCAUCCCCUGCCAUUCAGGCGUGGAGCCCUGACCAGGAGCGGCCACAGGUGAAAGUCCAGAAAGUCCAAAAAGCCAAAGAACCAGAGAAAGCCACACUCCGCAGCAUCACCCCCUCCCAGAGCAGGUGAGUCAUCCCCGCUCCCCAUCACAAGAAGUAAGGGAGGAAGCAGCUGGAAACUGAGGCUGAGUAUACACCGUACAUUCAAAGCACAUUCCCCUGCCGCAAAGCAUCCUGGGAUCUAUAGUUCAUCAAGAGUAGUAGGAAUUGGAGCUCUGUGAGGGGUAAGCAGCAGUUCCCAGGAUUCUUUGCAGUGGUGGGAAUGUGCCCAAAAUGUGCUUUAAAUAUAUGGUGUGUGUCCACCCAUGCAAUUCACCCUAUUCACAGGCAGUGAAUUUGGGGGGCACUUUGUAUGUGUGCUUUAGUACCCCUCGUUUAAUACAACUUUACUAAAGGAUGGCUUUAUGGACUGUCUGGAUAGCCCCUCUAGAAACAACCAGACACAGCAGCUCCACCUUAAUGUUGUUUGGCUCCAACUCCCAUCAGCCGCAGCUAGCACAGCCAACAGUCAGGGAUGGUGGGAACUCUAGUCCAGCAAAAUCUGAGAGGCCGCCUGGUCUCCAUCCACGACUUGGUGAGUCAUAGGGAGGGAUAUUAAUCCAUAAAGAGGGAUAUUAUGCACAGUGGUGUAACACUGUAAUGGGCACUGGAAACAAGUCCUGGGACUGAAUGAGUCCUAGUACAGAUUUAGUCUUUCUUUGGCUGCGUAUGUGCACAUUACCAGCUUAAAAUGCAGCUAGGCUGUUCUUUUUCUCCAUUCCGAUCAAAGUUGGUUUGGAGGGAAAGACCUCAAAGCACAGCAUUUCAUUAGAAAUGGCAGCACAAAUAUGGGUUGUGGCUAAUGUCAUCAUGUGUACACUACUUUCCAAACCGCUGGAUGCAGAAUAAACAGGAGUGUGCACACUGCCUCAAAGUUAGUGGCUGUGGACAAAGGGUUUCUUGGAAGACCAGGAUUCCUUUGGCUGCAGGGCACACUUGUCUGCCUGGCCCUGAAACAUGCUUGGAUGACUGGUCCUUUAGAGCAUCUCAUAAUCUGUCCAUGCAGAAGGCAUUUUUAUUUAUUUUUUGAGUGCACAAAGCUUAAAUUGAUCUGAUACGAGAAUGUAAACUGAGGUCAGAUGGAAGGCAUUUGCUUUUUUAAAACAACAACAACAACAACAACAACACAGCUCUCUUCCAUGUGCUGUUCCAUGUUAACAUCACUCUCCUGUUGGCACAAAUAACCAGAAGACCAAAGCAGAAGAGGGCUGCCAGAAUGAUCACAUUCCUUCCACGAGGAAAGCUUACAGCAUCCGGGGCUCUUUAGUUCAGACAAAAAGAGAGCAAGUGAGGGAAACAUGACAGAGAUGUAUAAAAUGAUUCAAGGUGUGGAGAAAGUAGACAGAGGGGGAAAAUUCUUUUCCUCACAAUUCUAGCACCAGGAAUCAUCCAAUGAAGUUGAGCGUUGGAGAUUCAGGGCAAACAAGAGGAAGCACUCCUUCUGCACACAACGCAGAGUUAAAACGAUGGAGUUCACUUCCACAAAAUGCAGUGAUGGCCAGCAACCCGGCUGGCUUUAAAAGGGAUUAAGACCAAUUCAUGGAAGAUGUGGCUGUCAAGGGCUACUAGCCAUGAUGGCUGCAUCCUGCCUCUGAAUACCAGUCGCUAAGGUGCCCAAGUGCUGUUGUGCUCAGGACCUGCUUGUGGGUUUCCCCAAGACGUUUAGCGCUUUCCUUUUAUUUCAUUACUCUGAUCUAAAUAGUGCCACCCCCCAAAAAAAACUGUUGUUAGGCCCUCUGGAGAAAAAUACAGGCAGGGCUUUUUUGCUCUUUAGGGACUAAUGGCGUUAAGGGGGUGAAAAUGGCAUUGAGUGAAACUCCUGCCCAGCACCACCAUCCCAAUCAAAAUUGGAGCUUCUGGAAGUAAAAAUGAAAACAUCCAGGAGAGAAUUUGAUCAUGAUCUCUUGUGUCACGUGCUGUUUGGUCCAGAGAGAGACUCAAAAGUGUUCUCUUUAAAGCAGGGGUAGGCAACCUAAGGCCCGUGGGCUGGAUGCCGCCCAAUCGCCUUCUAAAUCCGCCCCGCAGACGGUCCGGGAAUCAGUGUAUUUUUUACAUGAGUAGAAUGUGUGCUUUUAUUUAAAAUUCCUCUUUGGAUUAUUUGUGGGGCAUGGGAAUUCGUUCAUUUUUUUUUUUUUUCCAAAAUAUAGUCUGGCCCACCACAUGGUCUGAGGGAUGGUGGACCAGCCCACGGCUGAAAAAGGUUGCUGACCCCUGCUUUAAAGCAUUGUGUAUAGAAGCUACCAGCAACUGUUAUAUUAGCUUGCCAUAUCCUGGACCAUCACUAGAGUGAGAAGUGAUGCUUGGCGUUGAUAAUGUAUUAUAAAAUUGUAGCAUUGAUUUUAGGGAUGGAGGAUAAAUUAUUAUUAUUACUAUUAUACUGUCUGACGUUUUACUGUGGCUUUAUAAUUUGUUGGAAGCCGCUCAGGGUGGCUGGGGCAACCCAGUCAGACGGGCAGCAUAUAAAUAAAUUAUCAUCACCAUUAUUAUUAUUAUUAUUAUUAUUUGCAUUUUAAAGUGCACCAACUUAAUUUCUCUCUCCCAAACUUAUAUGUGGAUCAGAUCAGUGUCUUCAGUUCUUCUCCAAGUUUUGAGAAGAAACAGGCUGAUCUGUCCUUCUCUAGUUGCUAUUAAACAUUUCUACUAUUUCUCUUGCCCCACUUUUCCAAACAGUGAGAAGUUACAGGGCCACAUCACUCACCCAGAUUUUGCUUCCUUUAUAGUUUUGUGGGGCUUACAGCAAUUUGCAAUAUUUGCAUUCAGUUACAAAUGCACAGGUGGAGAAAUGCAUAAAGUGUUUUUUUUAAUAAAAAAAUUCAAGACUUCUUGAGCUCUGCUCUACUCCUACUUUCUUCCUGCCCUGGGCGGCCCUGCCCUUUGCCUGCCCCUCAGAGCCAUCGCGUCACACAGGGCUAGGCUUUGGUGGCGGACACUCCUCCUUCUUGCCUGCUCUCCACCAGCUGCUGCGAGCUACCCAAAGGAGGAGGCCAGCAGCCGCAAAAGCCAUAGAGACGCAACAGGAUGUUCCCUUGCUGCCACCGUCACUUGGGACAAGCUCCCAAUCAUCCUCCUUCCCAAGCUCGGUGGUGGCAGCACUGGCAGGGGAAAUAGGGACAUUCUGGGAUCAAAUCAGAAGCCAGGAUGGCUUUUGUAAUUCCUGGGGACUGUCCCUGGAAAAUCGGGAGACUUGGAGGGUAUGGUAUUUCCCCAGAUACCAGGGCAGCAAUCUCAGCCUAGUGAAAGGCAGGAAAGGCCAUAGCUUGCCAUAGAGAUACAAGAUGACUGGAAGGUUUCUUUAAUCUUCCCUGGAGAUAUGCCUUGAAGCAGCAAGAGGAAUCGCCCCUGACCCGGAGCUUCAGGAAACCUCAGGAGAAAGAGCCAGGCAGGCAAAUGCAUCCUUUGAGAGGGAAGCUUAUCUGUUUGUGGCUGUUUAUUGCCUUUUGGGAACUGUUUACUGAUUUGCGGGGAAAUUGUUCUGUUGACUUUCUUCAGUCAGGGUUUUGGAUGUUUAAGGUACACUAGAAAUGCAACUCCGCAAGGGAUCGUGUAACUGUUGACAAUUGUGUGGGUGGGUGUUAUGGAGACAGUGAUGAAGAAGGGUUGGUGACGAUGCUGAAGUGAAUGUCAAGUGAAUAGCUCCCUGUAAUGAUGUCGCAAAUCAGAACUCAAAUCUCUUCAUUUAACCCUGCCCGUGAUGCUGCCAAGAUACAGGGACUGGUAAGAGACGAAGAAUCUAUCUUCAAAACUGUUUUCCUUCUCAGAACCCACUCAGACUUCAAUUUCAACACAAUGUUAGCACCACACUUCCUUGAGAAUUCAUCUACUUUCUCGUUAUUUAUCUAUCCAUUGCUAAAUUUAUUCCCACAGCUCAAGGUACCAUACACCGAUUUUCCUCUCCACAUUUUAUUCUUACAACAGCCUUGUGAGGUAGGUUAGCCUGAGAGACAAUGAUUGGCCCAAGCUCACUCAGUGACCUGCAUGACUGAGUGGGGAUUUGAACCCUAUAUUUAAACAUGGCAUUUAUCUCCCGCGCUUUGUUAGCCAAAAAAAACCCUCUCCCAGAGUGGCAAAAAUAAUGAUAAUAAAAAUUUAAAAAAUCAGUGUCAAAACAGUCCCUACCCUCAGGCUUACAAUCUAAUCAGACAUCAGACAUAUGGAAAAUGGUAUUGUAGAGUUGGAAGAAGAUUCAGAAGAGGGCAAGCAAAAUGGCUGUGGGAGUGGAGCAACUCCUCCAGGAGGAAAGGUUACAGCAUUCGGGACUUUUUUUUAGUUUCGAGGGAAGGUGAUUAAGAAAUGAAUCAUAGAAUCAUAGAGUUGGAAGAGACCACAAGGGCCAUCGAGUCCAACCCCCUGCCAAGCAGGAAACACCAUCAGAGCACUCCUGACAUAUGGUUGUCAAGCCUCUGCUUAAAGACCUCCAAAGAAGGAGACUCCACCACACUCCUUGGCAGCAAAUUCCACUGUCGAACAGCUCUUACUGUCAGGAAGUUCUUCCUAAUGUUUAGGUGGAAUCUUCUUUCUUGUAGUUUGGAUCCAUUGUUCCGUGUCCGCUUCUCUGGAGCAGCAGAAAACAACCUUUCUCCCUCCUCUAUGUGACAUCCUUUUAUAUAUUUGAACAUGGCUAUCAUAUCACCCCUUAACCUCCUCUUCUCCAGGCUAAACAUGCCCAGCUCCCUUAGCCGUUCCUCAUAAGGCAUCGUUUCCAGGCCUUUGACCAUUUUGGUUGCCCUCCUCUGGACACGUUCCAGUUUGUCAGUGGCCUUCUUGAACUGUGGUGCCCAGAACUGGCAUGAUAGACGUUUAUAAAAUUAUGAAUGGCGUGGAGAAGGUUAAUCUCCCUCUCUCGUAACACAAGAACUCCUAGACAUCCAAUGGAGCUGAAAGUUGGAAGAUUCAAACAAAUAAGCAAAUAAAAGAAAGUGCUUCUUCACACAGCACAUAGACAAACUAUGGAACUCACUCCCACAGGGGCCAGUGGCAGCCAUCAACUUGGAUGGCUUUAAAAGCGGAUUAGACAAAUCCAUGAAGGCUGUCUCUGUGUUCUACCUCCACAGUCAGAGACAGUAAUGCUUCUGAGCACCAGUUUCUGGAAACCGCAGAAGAGGAGAGUGUCCUUGUGCUCAGCUCCUACUUGUGGGUUUCCUACUGCUAUCUUCUUGGCCUCUGUGAAAACAGGAUGCUGGACUAGAUAGGCCCUUGGCCUGAUCCAGCGGCACUCUUCUUUUUUUUUCUUAAAACGGAAUAUGAGAGAGGAAAGAAAGCAAACUCAAGCACAAGUUCUUAACGUUACGUUUCUUAUAAUGCAGUUAAGAGCAGCAUCUCCUUGUUGAUGUCAAUGGUGUUUCUGAGUGUCUCUUGCUCAUGAUAAAGCAUAGUCCCUCCAUAGAAGCAAUUCUUCCUCUCAGAUCAGAUCCAGGAAUACAGUCUUCAGUCUUUAUAGCCAGUGCUUUCUUCCCCAAGAAAAAUAGGUGCCGGUGCUCACCAUGAAGUUGUUACAGUAAGUGCCACACUUUUUAACAACAACAACAAAAGAGGUGCCAGUACUGCAUACUCUUGAGUACCCCCUGAAGAAAAGAAAAAAAGCACUGCUUAUAGCAGUUAGAAUCCUUCAUUGCUGGUGUCAAUGGUGGUGGUUCAGUCCUGAUCCUAGUCCAACACUCCAAGCCCUAUGCAGACAAAGAUGCUUUCUCAAUCCAAACUGUUUACCUUAGGAAUUUGUCUUGGCAAAUUCCAAAGGUGAUGAGUAUCACUGGUUAAGCAAACAGAUUGGAGUUCUGACUAAUGUUGUAAGAGUUGCAUUAGAGAAAGAGAUAUAUUCACUUAAGACAUUCACCACCAGUCAUCAAACAUUCUUUCUUGCCUUCCCCUAAAUACACACCCACAGAAUCUGAACAGUUUCAAUCACUUGCAAAGUUACUUUUCUAGCAAAUCCAGAACUCCUGCUGCACAAAUGGCAUCAGAACAAUCACCCCCAAAUCAGCACCCCCCCCCCAAAAAAACCAGUUAACAGUUCUAAGGCACAGGAUCACCAAAUCAUGCAUUUUUCUCUCUCCUGCGAUUUUUUGAAGUUACAAAUCUAGGGUGAUUUCUGCUGCUGCACAGAUUCAAGGGAUGUCUCCAGGAAGAUCAAACAAAAUGUCAAGAUUGACCGAUUGAUUGUAUUUAGAGACAGCCCUUCAAAAACAUCACAAUUAAAAUAAGCACAAUGUGCAAAUUAAAAACCAAAGAAACACAAAAACAGCCAAAGUCAAUAUAACAAAACACCAGUGCAGCGGCAACACAGGAGGAGGGCAGACAUCAACUCAGCCUUAAGUAUGGGAAAAGAGAUGUGUCUGCUUGUCCAGUCAUUGAAAAGCAUGCAGUAAUGGCAUAAGACACACCUCAGAGGUAAGGCCAUUCCACAACCUAGAGGCCACCACAGAGAAGAUGCCAAAGAGCCCCAUGUCCUGUCCUCUUCUUCGAGGAUAUAAAUGUAGCAGUAGAUCAUAAGCAAAAUAGGGGCUUGCCUAUAGUUCCACUCACACUCUCACCCCUUCCCACAGUGCAAAGCCAGCACCCCCACCAGUGUCGGGACAGCGGGUUCGUGCUGUGUAUGACUACACCGGCCAAGAGGCAGAUGAGCUGAGCUUCAAGGCAGGUGAGUGUCAUCUUCUCCCAACUUCUCUGCCUCGUUUCAUCCUUCAAAGGCAGCUUUACAAAAACAUAGGGAGCUGCCUUAUAUUGAGUCAGACCAUUGUUCCAUCUAGCUCAAUAUUGUCUACAAUGGCUGGAAGCUGCUUUUCCAGAGUUUCACAGAGGGAGUCUUUCCCAGUCCUACAAGAUGCUGGGGAUUGAACCUAGGACAUGCAAAGGAGCAGCUCAGCCUUUGAGCUAUGGCUUAGGACAAAGAGAAAAUGGGUAUAAUCCUGUCCUGACUUUUGAUGGUGGUCUGGACCCAAGCGCCAAUUUUGCAGAGUCUGGGUGUCUCCCUCUACCUGUCCUCCUCAUCAAUAUCUGUACAUGCUCCUCACUUUCCCAAACAGUGAGAAGUUUCAGGGGUUGCACUCACCUGGGUUUGGCUUUCUUUGAGGGAAGUGAGCCCUGGAGAUUGAUAGUGCUUUUGUAAUAUUUGCUUUAUUUGCAGAUAUACAAUUUGAGCAUAAGUGAGGGCAAGAAGCAUACACAUUCCUGCCACCAAAGCAGAUCUCUUACCCUGCAUCCGAUUUCUAGAGAGAGAGGGAAAGGGGCACCCUUGCAUUCCUAGGUGCUUCCAGGUAGCCUGGGACAAGCUCUCAGCCUUGGGUGCCUCCAGACCAUCACUAUUUAUGUGGGAGGGAUUCAAGUGCAUGCCAGAACGUUAGCCUUGUGCAUUUAAAGCAUUGUCUCCCUGAAGGAAUGAAUCCACUUUCCGCUUCCUGUUAGGAAAGUGAUGGGGAAACAUACUGAAAAAUGUGUAAUAAACAAAUGAGUCAUGAGAUGGCAUGCAAAUACCCCUCAAGCAAAUCAGGAUGAAUGUUUAUUGUCAUAUAGCUGCCUCGUAAACAAAUCUGUGACAAAAUGUUCAGUGAAGACCGGAAGCAGUCUAACCUCUCUGUAAUCUUUGUGCAGACAAAUCAGAAAGAAUGCUUACUAAAUAGGUCAUCUGGAGUAGCCCUCUCUGUCCCAAAGCUGCCUGUUUUGCUCUUUCAGAAACACACAUGCAUAAGCGCGCACAUGCACCUUGCUUCAGAGCCUCCCCGGAGUGGGAGCAUCCCCUUCACUCAAGAGAGAUCUUUGGAUAUUUCUUACCCAUUAGCCCCCAUUGAGAAAACAUCAGCCAGCCACCCUUGGCCAUUAACAAGCCAUUACCAACCAGAAGCCAUAGCACCAUGUCCCAAAACACUGCCUGCCACCCAUGGUGAUUGCUGCUGACAGCUCAGCCUUGGACCUCGCUUGUCGACUCUGCCCAUUAUUGUGGCUCCUCCCCUUUUCCAGUAUCCGUAAUAAUUUCUGAGGUUUCCGCUGUCUCUUUCUUUCCUGUUUCAGGAGAGCUGCUUACCAAGCUGGAAGAUGAGGACGAACAGGGCUGGUGCAAGGGGGUGACCGACAGUGGACGUGUGGGGCUGUACCCUGCCAACUACGUGGAGCCCAUACAGGGCUAACUCGAUGGGUUAGGGGGUGGGGGGAGGGAAUCAUGCACCCAUACACCAAUAUUAGGGCUAUGUUUAUUCUGCACUUCUGAGAUCGCACCAUGUUGCCAGCCCAAAGUGGUGCAAAAUUCAGCUUCCUUAGAGACUGCUUUAUUUUUAAUAAUCAUACAACUUUCAGUCCACAUGGAUGCAAAACUUUCAGUCCAUACAGAUGCCCUGAAAAGACGCAUGAGUGAUGCUGGUGAAAUCUCAGAAGCCGGGUGGGCUGGUAGGUGGGGCUGCAUGGAACUUUGAGUGGGGUGGGGCUUCUGAGGUCUACACAGCUUCCUGCCCCUCCCUCUAGCUAGUUAUAAUAUUAUGCAAAAUAAGCCCAUUGAUGCUCCAUCUGAAUAAUCAAUUCAGGGGAGGACAGCAUUUGACUUUGGGUGGGUGGGGUAGCCCUGCCAAUAGGUAAGGAUAUGGAAACCACCUGGAAUAAAAUGUGGGGAACAAAUUCCUUAAAACAAACGCAAAGCACACACCCAUAACCAGACACACACGUCCGGUCUGAAUGGCACACCAUGCACAACUCGUGCACAACACCUACACAAGCUGCAGAUACCACCACUCCCUCUCCUUGCGUCAGUGACACACACAUGCCAAAGAAAUCAAGGUGCCUCUGAGCUCUCCUUGGGAUGGUGGCGCCAGAGAGCACUUUGCCCCCAAGGGUUUGACAACACUUCUGGAAAUCCCGUGAUGGACUGAAAAUCAGAAUAAGAAAGGCGUCUUAGAGUCUCUUGAGGAAGUGCUUUUUGGGGAUCUUGAGAUGAUUAUCAAACAAAACAGCCACAUAAUGAGUCACGAAGGGCAGAGGGAGAGAACCACGUAACAUAGGGUUGCUGAUUUUAAAAAAUCCCACGUGGACUCUGCAGAAGUGGCUUCAGCCAUACAGUAUAUUAUACUGAGCGUUACUACACUGGCCUUGCCUUCACCUGCCUAGAUUCCUGUUUGUUUGUUUGUUUGUUUGUUUGUUUGUUUGUUUAGGGGGGGCAUGAAAGAAGCAACCAGACUAGAAGCCGUUAUCUCUGACUCCACCCAAAGAAGCAUAACAAAGAGGGGUGUGUGAAAUAUGAUGAGCUUAUGAGAGUGAAUGUUUUAAAAAUAUGUUUUAGCUCAUCUGGAGGUUCUGGAAAAUAAAAGAAAUAAGCAUGGUGGCAAUCUCUGUGCCUUUUCAUUUGUAAUGUUGUUUAAAGUAACUUGAAGGCCCCUUCUUCAAAUGGAGGCAUGAGAUGGGGGCUCUGGAGGGUGGCUCUACUUUGCUAGGAGCUGAUCAAUCCAGGUGGGCAAGAGCAGCCAUGACCUGGAGGGACAAUUGGUGGCAGCUGUGUUGCAGGAGCCAGCCACAGCCACAGGGGAGGUUGGGGGCCUGACAGGCAGAUUAUGAGAGGUGCAUUAUUUGCUGUCCCUCCCAAUCCACCACCUGAGCCAUGGAUCAUGCUAGGGGUGGCUCUGGUGGGCAGUGCCUGAUGAAAUCGCAGAAACCGGUUUGUGUGUGAUUGUUCUCCCUCCACCACCUAAUUUCCCCGCUGUCAUCUAUGUGCAUGCUGUUAUUUUGAUUUAUAAUAACCCAGCUUUCUGAGCGGUUGGAAUCCGGUGCCAAAAUCCAAGCCAACUUCCAGAAUGUGUGGUUGGCAGAUCAGAAGCUGUGCUGUAUCCCAUAUUCAGCUGCCAUCUCAGCUCUGCCCACAUCAAGUAAAACUUAAGCAAAUGACUGCCUUAUGCAUUUCGGUAUAAAUAGCUAUCGGAAAGUGUAGUUUUCUGGUGCAGGGGAUUAUAACAGGAAGGUUAUCCAUUUUAGGAAGAAUUCCACUCAUAAAAUACAAGUCAGAGAAACACAAUCCGAAUGUUCCUUCCUCAAACAUGCACAACCUGCUUGACUUUUUGGGAGAAUGACGCUGCUUGGUGAAAUCCAUCCUCAAAUGAGCCGCAGAACUGCUGUCUCUUGUGGCUAAAAGACAACACUAUCUUCAUUAUCGAUUUGGUUUUAUUGCCAGGCUUAUUUCAGUGCUUCAAGGGGAGAUAACCAGGGCUUAAUGUGAUGCCAGAGCUAAUAAAGCCUACCUCAAAGUUCCAUAUGGCUCAUGGGAGCAGGCUUUCAUUACUAUUGAUAAAAAUGUUACAUAGCAAAUGUCUUUCUGCACAUGCUUAGAGGCAUUGUUAUUUCCAUGAACCAACAUGAAAACACACCUUUGGGACUCAGUGAUGGUGAGCCUUGGUGCAAAAUAAAACCUGAGGGAAAACAUUUCCUAACUCAUG